UCUCGCAACAUCACUCCAACUAGACAGCAGCUCGACUUGGAGUCCCCAGACCUGUGGGGUAAGCGUAGAUACGCGGCAGAGAGACCAGACACAUUGUUUUUUUUCCUCUCUCUUUGAUUCUGUCACGCAGUUGUUACACGAAACUGACUCGAGACUUCAGGAGGCAGCAGGGUUUGAGCUCCAAUCGAAGAGGCGGAGUCUUAACUUGUUAAAAGGAACUUGCUUCAACUCGGUCGCCUGCAAAUAUGAUGAUGAUGUCUCUGAACAGCAAGCAGGCAUUCACCAUGCCCCACACCAGCUUGCCCGAACCCAAGUAUUCCAGUUUGCAUUCUUCCUCGUCUUCUACUUUGACUUCGAAUGCUCCUUCGUCUUCCUGCUCUUCUUCACGACACAGUAGUACCAUCAGCAGCAGCAGCUCAGAGACGAUGCGCCGAGCCUGUCUCCCAGCCCCGCCGAGCAAUAUAUUCGGAGGUUUGGAUGAGAGUUUGUUGGCGCGCGCUGAAGCUCUUGCGGCGGUGGAUAUAGUCUCUCAGACCAAGAGCCACCACCACCACCCUCCUCAUCACAGUCCUUUCAAGCCGGACGCGACCUACCACACCAUGAACACUCUCCCCUGUACCUCCUCCUCUUCCUCUUCCUCUUCCGUGCCCAUAUCUCACCCUUCCGCCCUGGCGGGGCACCACCACCACCAUCACCACCACCACCAUCACCAGCCCCAUCAGGCGCUGGAGGGAGACCUUCUGGACCACAUCACUCCGGGUCUUGCACUCGGGGCCAUGGCAGGGCCGGACGGAUCUGUUGUGUCCACGCCGGCGCACCCUGCCCACAUGGCGGGGAUGAACCACAUGCACCAGGCGGCCCUCAACAUGGCCCAUGCCCACGGGCUGCCCUCCCACAUGGGCUGCGUGAGCGACGUGGAUGCUGAUCCCAGGGACUUGGAAGCAUUCGCAGAGAGAUUUAAGCAGAGACGGAUCAAACUCGGGGUAACCCAGGCGGAUGUAGGGUCAGCGCUAGCCAACCUGAAGAUUCCGGGGGUCGGUUCCCUCAGUCAAAGUACCAUCUGCCGAUUCGAGUCUCUCACACUGUCUCACAACAAUAUGAUCGCUUUGAAGCCGAUCCUACAGGCGUGGCUGGAAGAAGCAGAGAAAUCACAUAGGGAGAAACUGAACAAACCCGAGCUUUUCAACGGGACAGAGAAGAAGAGAAAGCGCACGUCUAUAGCGGCUCCGGAAAAGAGGUCUUUAGAAGCCUACUUCGCUAUUCAGCCGCGUCCAUCCUCGGAGAAAAUAGCAGCCAUCGCUGAAAAACUGGACCUCAAAAAGAACGUGGUGCGUGUCUGGUUCUGUAACCAACGGCAGAAACAAAAACGAAUGAAAUACUCCGCAUGCGUCUAGUUUGACCAUUGGCGCUGUGAGGAACAAUGAAGGCUAACAGACCCAUAAACUGUUAAGAGACGAUUUGUAUAAUAUUUCUUAUAUCUCACUUUUUCAAUCAUCAAUGACUUGUACGUUGAAGCAGAAAUAUUCACUGUAUUCAGAGUGACUGAAUAUCAAAACACUCUCACGUCUUUAACCCAGAAAGGAUGUGGAAUAAUUUAAAAGGAUCGUUUGACCGAACAAGUAAGAACAUUCCGUUUUCCCCAGUUACUGUGCUUCACGUUUCUUUCUCUCAAUGAAGUACAACUUGUUACGCUUGUCACACUAAAAAAAAUUGAUCGAUGGUAUUUGAUUAAUUUCAGAUAUUGAAUUGAAUAUGAUGUUACGUACAGUGGGCGAUUAUACCGAUGAACUUGAGGCUAAAUGGACACUGAUGUUCAGUAACCUCGGCAGCAGGCCGUGAGCACUCGUUAUUUCAUGCAUAUAUAGCAGUAUUCCUUCGUCAUUAUGAUGCAGUCUGGUGGUUUUAGGCCGAAACACGGAAGUCAUGGAGGGCAUCAUUGUAGUGACUGGAAGCGAUUAUUAGAUUACUGCCAAACAACCCCCUGUAAAUUAUUCAUUUAGCCUUUCCAUGCUUAAUUUUGUGUUGGUUAUACCUACUUCCACCUCGUCCGUUUUAAACAUGUUGACGGCCAGAGAAAUAAUAUUAAUGAAGGAAAGUUUAUUUAUUUCUUUUGAUGUGUCCUGGCUAUAAGAUAAGUCA